UGAUCUAGUUUAGGCAUGGAAGCGCCUACCUUUCUCAUCUGCCUUUUCAUCAUCUUCCUGCCAGUCUGCGGCUUAUCAGCUGCAGCUGACACAUUAAGUUCAGGCCAGUCUAUGAAAGAUGGAGAGACAUUGGUCUCUUCAAGCCAAAGCUUUGAGCUCGGCUUCUUCUCUCCUGGCAACUCCAACAACAGGUACUUCGGCAUAUGGUACAAGAUCACUCCGGAAGUAGUUGUUUGGGUUGCCAACAGGGACAAUCCACUCACUGAUUCACAUGGAGUUCUCACGUUUGACCGUGAUGGAGAUCUGGUUCUUGUCAACCAAUCAAAGAGUGUCGUCUGGUCUUCGAAUAUGUCCAGGGUCCUGAAAUAUCCAGUUGCACAGCUCUUAGACACUGGAAAUCUUGUUCUCAGAGAGAAUAACAAUCUGAAUUCUGAUGACUAUUUGUGGCAGAGUUUUGAUCUUCCAUCUGACACACUACUACCUGGUAUGAAAUUAGGAUGGGACCUGAAAAUCGGUUUAGAAAGACGUCUGACUUCUUGGAAAAGCAUGGAUGAUCCUUCCCCUGGAGACUAUACUUGCAGGUUGAACAUUCAUGGGUUGCCCCAAGUGGAACUCGUCGGUUUAGGAUCCAGCAAGAAAUAUCGGUCAGGACCAUGGAAUGGAAAACAGUUCAGUGGUGCUCCAGUGGGAUCAAAUGCAGUGACCACGUCGGUGUUCUUCUAUGGUGAAAAUGAGAUCUUUUUUGCAUAUGAAGCCAGAAAAAGCGAAUUUAUCCCAAGGGUACUUACAAUGAAUCACUCCGGGUCGCUCCAGUACUUUGUUGCAAGUAAAAGAAGCAGUGCCUGGACUAUCAUGUACUCGUCACCCAGCGAUCCAUGUGAUGCUUACGGUAAUUGUGGAGCCAACAGUAUCUGUAGAGUUAACAGAGCUCCGAUAUGUGAUUGCUUAAAGGGGUUUGUACCGAAGUCUCCAGAAGAAUGGGGUCUCCUUAUUUCGUCCGGUGGAUGCAAGAGAAGAAUACCAACAAAUCGUACAAAGGAAGAAGGGUUCCUCAAACUUGCAAAAGUGAAAAUUCCUGACCUUUUAGAUUUCUGGUUGAACAAGAGCAUGAGCCUCAAGCAAUGUAAGGCUGAGUGCUUAAAGAACUGUUCAUGUACAGCUUAUGCUAAUUCAGAUGUUAGAGGACGAGGUAGUGGCUGCAUCCUGUGGUUUGGAAGCCUAAUUGACAUUAAGGAGUACGAAGAAGAUGACUAUGGGCAAACUCUCUACAUACGCCUACCAAAAUCUGAACUAGAUUUCCUUCAUAAUUCUGCUAAGAAGAAAAGGAUGGUCAUCUCUGUACUGAUGUCUGCUAUUGCUGCUUUGUUUCUAUUGGCCAUGGUGUACUGCCGUCGAAUCUGGAAUUGCAGAAUAAAGAGCAAAGGUUGGAAAAUCAAGGAGGAAGAUGUUGAUUUGCCACUUUUUGAUCUGGCAACCAUUGUUAAUGCUACAAAUGGUUUUUCUGAGGAUAGUCUCAUUGGAGCAGGUGGCUUUGGCCCAGUUUACAAGGGAAAUCUUCUCACAGGACAAGAAGUAGCAGUGAAGAGACUGUCAAGAAAUUCAAGACAAGGUCUUGAAGAGUUUAAGAAUGAAACAAUUCUGAUAGCCAAACUUCAACACAGGAAUCUCGUGGGGCUUCUAGGCUGUUGCAUGGAGAGGGAGGAAAGGAUUUUGGUCUAUGAGUACAUGCAAAACAAAAGUUUGGAUCAUUUCAUCUUUGAUCAUGAAAGAUGCUUGUUGUUAGACUGGGAAAAACGUUUUGACAUUAUCGCCGGGAUUGCGAGAGGUCUUCUCUAUCUACACCAUGAUUCUAAACUUCAAGUAAUUCACCGGGAUCUCAAAGCUAGCAACAUUUUAUUGGAUGGCAGCCUUAGCCCUAGAAUCUCGGACUUUGGGUUGGCAAGAAUUUUUGCAUCUGACGAGAAAGAAGCAAAGACAAAGAGAAUCAUCGGAACUUAUGGCUAUAUGUCCCCUGAAUAUGCCUUCGACGGAAAAUUCUCUGUGAAAUCCGAUGUCUUUAGCUUUGGCGUGCUUUUGUUAGAGAUUGUAAGUGGCAAAAGAAACAGAGGAUUCUGCCACCCGAAUCAUCACCAUAACCUUCUCGGACAUGCAUGGUUGCUAUGGAGUGAAGACAGAGCCAUGGAACUUGUUGACGGGUGCGUGUAUGAUUCGGCGGAACCUCAAGUGAAAAGAUGUAUCCAUGUAGGCUUGUUAUGCGUGCAGAAGUUCCCCAAAGAUAGACCAGCGAUGUCCUCUGUAGUCGCCAUGUUAGGGAAUGAAAGUGCAAGCUUGCCUCGACCUAAGCAGCCCGGUUUCUUUAUGGAACGCAAUUCAAUGGACUUAAGCACGGCCCCGACACAUGAAGAACUCCAUAGUGUUAAUGCAGUCACGACGACGACGUUGGAUGGUCGGUAUGAAGGCGUGGAUAUGGGGAAGAAGAGCACGAGAGAGUCAUUGGAAGGCAUUGAAAUGAGAACGCGGCUUCCUCUCUUCGCCUUCUUGUACCCUUUUAUGGUUCUUCUUUCAGUUCUAGGCCUGUCAUAUGCAGGUGACACGUUAAGUUCAGGCCAGUCCAUUAGCGAUGGAGAGACGCUAGUGUCCUCAGGCCAAAGCUUCGAGCUCGGGUUCUUCUCUCCUGGCAGCUCCAAGAACAGGUUCUUGGGGAUAUGGUACAAGAUCACUCCCAAAACAGUCGUGUGGGUUGCCAACAGGAGCAAUCCGCUCGCUGAUUCAAAUGGCACUCUCACAUUUACUAAUGAUGGAGCACUUGUUCUUCUAAACCAGUCGAAGAGUGUCAUUUGGUCUUCAAAUUCAUCGGGGACACUUAGGAAUCAGGUUGCUCAGCUUUUGGACUUGGGAAAUCUUGUUCUUAGGGGAAAUAGCAGUUCGAGUUCUGAUGAAUAUUCAUGGCAGAGCUUCAACUACCCAUCUGAUACGCAAUUAGCCGGUAUGAACAUAGGGCGGAACUUGGCAACUGGUUUAGAGAGUUACCUGACUUCCCGGAGAAGCGCAGAUGAUCCCUCCCCCGGAGACUAUAUGUUCAGACUAAACAGACGGGGGUUGCCACAAUGGGAAAUAGUCUCGACGGAUUCGAGAAUAAAGUAUCGGACGGGACCGUGGAAUGGAGUUCAAUUCGGUGGUGCUUCCAUGGCACCAAGUUCGGUUUCCAAGCCUGCACUAAUUUACAACGCGAGUGAGAUAUAUUUCGUGUAUGAGCCUCUAUUGAAUGGAGUCGUUACGAGAGUCACUUUAAACCAGUCUGGAUUACUACGGCGACUUGUGUAUACGAAUGGGAGCACUACAUGGGAUAUUAUGUACUCAACUCCAAAUGAUUUAUGUGACAAUUAUGCCCAGUGUGGCUCCAAUGGUUUCUGCAGAAUAAAUGAGGCUCCCAUAUGUGAAUGCUUACAAGGGUAUACGCCCAAGUCGCCGGAAGAAUGGGACCUGCUUAACCGGUCUUCGGGCUGCGUGAGAAUACUAGCCCUUAAUUGUUCGAAAGGAGAGGGCUUCUUGAAACUCUCCGGGGUGAAACUACCCGACACGAUAGAUUUCCGGUUAGACAAGAACAUGAGCCUAGACGAAUGCAAGGCCGAGUGCUUGAAGAAUUGUUCAUGUGCAGCUUAUGCUAAUUCGGAUGUUAGAGGAGGAGGUAGUGGCUGCCUAAUGUGGUUUGGCGACAUAAUUGAUCUUAGAGAAUUUCCAGGAGUUGAUUAUGAGCAGAAUAUAUUCAUACGGCUACCGACUUCCGAACUAGAUGCAAUCCGAAGUACCAACAAGAAGAAAAGAUUGAUCAUCAUAGGGAUUCCAUCCAUUUUGGGACUUUUCAUUACGGCCGCGGCAAUUUGGGUUAUUUACGGGAGAAGAAGAUCGAAAGAGAGAGGUUGGAGAAGUGGAAAAGACGAGUUGGACUUGCCGUUAUAUGAUUUUGCUACGAUCGCUGCUGCUACUGACAAUUUCUCUUGGAGGAAUAUGAUCGGCGAGGGUGGCUUUGGCCCUGUCUACAAGGGCAAUCUUUCGGUGGAUCAAGAAAUAGCGAAGAAGAGGCUGUCAAAGAAUUCGGGACAAGGUCUCAAAGAGUUUAUGAACGAAGUAGUUCUGAUCGCAAAACUUCAGCACAGGAAUCUUGUAGGACUGGUGGGCUGCUGCACUGAGCGAGACGAAAGAAUCUUAAUUUACGAAUAUAUGCCUAAUGGAAGCUUAGAUCAUUUCAUUUUCGAUCGGGAUAAAAGCUCCUCCUUGGCUUGGAAAAGAAGAUUCGACAUUGUUAUGGGAAUCGCACGAGGACUUCUGUAUCUCCACCAAGAUUCAAAACUUCAAAUUAUUCACAGAGACUUAAAGGCGAGCAACAUUUUGCUGGACGCCAACCUAAAUCCUAAAAUCUCGGACUUUGGCUUGGCUAGGAUCUUACGUGGCGAUGAGAAAGAAGCAAAAACUAGCAGAGUGAUGGGAACCUACGGCUACAUGUCCCCAGAGUACGCUUUCGAUGGGAAGUUCUCCGUGAAAUCCGACAUUUUUGGCUUUGGAGUGCUCUUAUUAGAGAUUAUAAGCGGCAAAAAGAAUAGAGGGUUCUCCCAUCCGAACCACCACCACAACCUUCUUGGGCACGCAUGGUUGCUUUGGAGACACGGCAGAGCCUUGGAACUUCUCGACAAAACAUUGUGCGAUUCUGCCGACGAGCCUCAAGUAGAAAGAUGCAUCCAUGUCGGGUUGUUGUGCAUCCAAAAGUUCCCCGUAGACGGGCCAGCCAUGUCCACGGUCGCUUCCAUUCCGGGAAGCGAAGGAACGGUUCUGCCUCAACCUAAGCAACCAGGUUUCUACAUGGAAAGAAGCACGGAAAACUCGAGUUCGGCUUCAACGGGAGAAGAUCAUUAUACAAACAAUUUGAUGAGCAUCACAAUGCCAGAAGCCCGGUAGACGUUCCAUCGUCCGUUAUUGAGGUUUCAUCCCGGACAUGAGAAAAACGUCACCCAAUUCGCAUUUCAAUGUCCUACAAUGUCAUUUCUGCAUGUCUAGAUUUUCUUUCUUGCAUACUAAAUCAAAGGAAAAGCCUCUUGUCAAUACUGCUAUAGUGGGAUUAUGUAACCAAUAGAGCAAUGAUAGAAAUGAAGAGUGGAUAAAUAUAAAGUACACUGUUGGA